GCAUAGUGUCCACUUCCUAAUAGCUUAGUAACAGGGUACGCAAUCUAUUUUGUUAUAGGGAACUACUAACAAAAAUGAGAAAUGUGACUGUAUUGGUAAGCGAUAGAAUUUAUUUCGAUGAUAUCGUGAAGCAGUAUGAAACCAUUUUCAAGUCCACGUUGAAUGCUUAUGUGAAAUUUACAGUUGUUCCAGAAGAGGUAUGUUUGAAAGAUGAAAAGAAAAUUUCAAACCUAUUCUCAAAUGCAGAAAUUAUCUUACUAUCGGAUCAGUCGGUCAGGCGUUGGGCACAUUUGAUUUCUAACAAUACAAAAUGGAUUCAGUACACUUGGGCUGGCGUCGAAAUGCUUUUGCAAAACGACAAAUAUAGAGAAAUUCUCAAAGAACACACCAUCACAAGAGCUGGCGGUAUAUUCGGUCCAUCUAUGGCAGAAUACGUUAUAGGAGCGAUAGUUGCAAUGGAGAAAGGCUUCCCAAGAUUUUAUAAACAGCAAAUGGAAGCUGUGUGGAAAUCACCACCCAGCAGGUGUCGGAAUCUUUCAUCUCUGACCAUAGGGAUUCUGGGCCUUGGGGAUAUCGGAAUGCACGUUGCAAGAGCAUGUUCCCAUUUUGGUAUGACAGUAUAUGGUUUAAAGAGAACGACUUCGCAUUGCGAGAACGUGGAGCGUGUAUUUACAAUGGACGAAUUACCAGAAAUAUUACGAAUAUCGGACUAUAUUUGCAAUAUAUUACCCAGUGCACCGGAAACAAAAAAUAUUCUUUCUGGGGAAAUGCUUCAAUUGUGCGCUCAAAGAAAAGCAAAAUUUAUAAAUAUUGGUCGAGGGGAUGUUGUUGACGAAAACAUACUGAUCAAAGCAAUUGAAAAGGGUUGGAUAUCUGAAGCGUUUUUAGACGUGUUUAUCGAUGAGCCACUGGAUAAAUCGUCCCCUCUCUGGUACAUGGAAAAUGUUUAUAUAACACCCCACGCUGCAGCGGAAAUUAAUUGGCCAAAAUUGGUGGCAAGACUGUUUUUCUGCAACUUGCAAAAAUAUCUCAACAACCAAACACUGGAUUAUGUUGUUCAUUGGCGCGAUUUUUAGGAAAUGACGAAUAGCUGGAGUCUGGAUCAAGUGGCAGAACAAUUCAAAUAUCAAUAAACAAAUCAAAACAGGUCUCUGAAAUUGUGGGUACGGUCAGUAAAUUCUCAGCGAUCGCAAAACAAAAUAUUAUACUAUUUUAUGCAUGCGCGACGAAGUCAUCAGCAGACAAUGAGAGAACUAACUAACAUACACCACGGGUUGGUUCGGAACCUCUUUUCGUUUGCGUGACAUUUUCAAGUAUGGUGUGGCAUGUAGCAUAGCUUUCCGUUUCAGACCUACUUCUGAUUGAAAUUUUAAAUUCACAAAAAGGCCCAAAACAUGCAAACUUUUAUUAGGGAAUCACUUGGUGACAAUAGCUUAUUUUGUUGAGGUAGUGACUUAAUUUGUCGAUGUUUAUCUUCAAAUUAUAAGUAAAGACUAUUCUCUUUUUCGUUCUUCGAAUAAAAUCGCCCUAACGUAUGUAGCCUAUACCUUAACUAAGAAACGAAUCGAUUCGAGAUUCUACUGACAAA